AGAAAGAAAAAAAAAAGGUGAGAGAGAGAGAGAGAGAACCCUAACGUCUCCCUUUAUUUUUCGAUUCUCGCCGUCUUUCAUCAGAGUCUGCUUCUUUCUUUCUCUCUUCAAGAAGAGAAAAAGAAAAUCUCCGGAGACUUAUAAAGGGUUUCGCGGAGUGAGGUGCCUGAGCUGGUGGAGGUAGGGGGUUGAAACGUUUCUGUAGUGUUUUUGGUUAUAUUGAUUGUUGCAGCUCUCCCUUUCCCCUAUUCUCACCGCUGGAAAGUUCCGUACUUUGGCCAAGUUGAAGUAGCAGCAGCAGCAUCCGUUUACAACAAAGUUCGGUAGAGGAUGGGGGCAGUGGAGGUUCUAAAUGAUUCGUCAAGCCUAUAUACAUCGGACCUUGUGGAUAACGUUGAUUUAUCUGACAUGAAUUUGGUGCAGACCUUGAGAAAGGCCCUUACCUCUGUCCAAACUGGUGACUCAGACCUUUACAUUGAGAUUGUUGAAGUUAUGAGCAGGGACGUGAAAGACUUUCGUGCUGAUUUUGAUGCAGUGGCGCAGCUUGAGACAGUCUUGAAGGCUCUAUCAUGCUCUGUGUCUUGCAUAGAUAUCGUUCACCAUUAUAAGCUUCUUUCUGCGCUUUUUGGAAUGAAAUUGUGGGACCACAACCCUAAUGUCAUGGAUGCAUUGGUGAACCUAGUCAUAUCACUGGCUGUUACUAGUGGAAAGUAUUUGGAUUCUUGUUUGAAUAUGCUCAUAAAGAAUUUCCUUCCACCUCCUUGGGUAAUAAAAAAUCUUUCGAACCCCCGUAUACUAAACAAGAAGAUAGAAGUUCUUUCUCGGGUGCAUGCAGCACUUCUGAAAAUAUCUAUUUUGGUUCCUCUUACUCCCUCAAGAUUAGUGCCAAUGCUCUCCCAAAACAUGCCCAAAAUACACAGAAAGGACCUUUUGAUGGUGAUAUAUGUGGAGAACUUAUUAAAGUUGGAGAAUAGCUCAAUUGGGCGAGUUGGUGGCAGCAUGAUUCUAAAUGUGGUGAUGGAGAGACUGCGAGAUUUGGAUGUAGAGAUUGGAUGGGAUGAUAUUCCACAAGAUGACUCUAAUAGAGGCAUGUUCGAUAUGGAACUUGAAGAUGCAGUAGAAGGCACCAUCGAUGAAGGAGACGAGCUUCCAGUAGGACCUCUAAGUCAGGAUACAUCAGGUGGAAGUAUUGUCGUCUCCGAGUUGUUGGACAAGUUGAUGGUCAAAGCUUUUGAGCAUCUUGAAUCCUGUCAAAAUGAUGGUCGGUUGGAUGAGGUGUUUGAACUCCUCUUUCAGUCAUUUGAGAACUUCAUUCUGGACACAUACAAAUCAAAAAUUUCCCAGUUUCUGAUGUUCUAUGCCUGCUCACUCGAUCCUGAAAAUUGUGGUGUGAAAUUUGCAAGUAAGUUGAUGGACAUUUUUCUCUCUAGCCGCAAGUCUCCAGCUACCAGAAGGAGUGCGGUGGCUUAUCUUGCUAGCUUCUUGGCUCGCGCAAAGUUUUUGCCUGUUUCCUUUGUGGCUAGCAUGUUGAAAAGGUUGAUGGAUGAGUGUGUGGGUUACUGCAGAAAUUGCAAUGGUGAUAUUAGGCCUGAAGCACAUCUGAUUUUCUUCUCUGGAUGCCAGGCAAUCAUGUAUGUGCUCUGCUUCCGGAUGAGGUCUAUCCUGGAUGUUCCUCGCUUACGGUCCGAGCUUACACCAUUGGAGUCAAUUUUAACGCACAAACUAGACCCAUUAAGUGUAUGCAUUCCGUCAGUAGUUGCGGAGUUCCUUAGACAAGCUAAAGCAGAUGGUCUGUUUAUCGUCUCCGACUCGUUCAUUUUCAAUAACCUACUUGAGUCUGAGCUUUCCGGUGAUUUUGGCGGGUGUGAUAAGCUUAAAACUUUCUUCCCGUUUGAUCCUUGCUUGCUCAAAUCCUCAAACAGCUUUAUCUCCCCGAGUUUCAUCUACUGGUCAAUGGUGAGAGCUCCCUACGACGAAGAUGAAGAAGAUGAUUUUGAUGCUGAGGUAAUCGUGAAUGGAGAUGAUGACAGUGAAGAAGGCGAGGAUGAUGAUAAUGAUUAUGCCAUGAACAAGAUGUCCAUAACCCCUAAGCACUCUUUCAAGAACCAGAUGAUGGAAAGAGACAGGCUUUUAAGAAUGCCUUCCAGAAUCAGACCCUCCACGAGUCCUGAAUCCUUGUGAUUUUUUAAUAAACGCAAUUUUGCAGCAAGUAUGUAAAAGUGAUUCAGCUUGAAACUUAUUAUUGUAUGAAACAAUGUUUUAUUUUUCUUUCAAAAACCUGCUGAAAUUGUGAUCA